AUGGCUGGAGAUCCUCGUGAGACGUGGGCUAGGCUGCAGCAGUCCCUGCAGCAGCAGCGGGCAAAAGGCGGAUUUCCGGGAGGGGGCAGCCCAAGAAGAGCUUUUGGGGGUGCUGGAGCCUUGAUUGCACUUGGGUUGGGGGCAUAUGUUUUCAUGAAUUCCCUCUUUAACGUUGACGGUGGUCAUCGAGCAAUCAAAUAUACGAGAAUAGGCGGCGUGAAGAAAGACAUCUAUAAUGAAGGAACCCAUCUCCGGAUUCCGUGGUUUGAAACUCCUAUCAUCUACGACGUUCGCGCGAAGCCGAGAAAUGUUGCCUCCCUCACGGGCACCAAGGACUUGCAGAUGGUGAACAUCACCUGCCGUGUCCUUUCCCGCCCAAGAGUCGAUGCCCUACCUCAGAUAUAUCGUACCCUAGGGACUGAUUUUGAUGAGAGAGUUCUUCCAUCGAUCGUCAAUGAGGUGCUGAAAGCUGUGGUGGCUCAAUUCAACGCCAGCCAACUUAUUACACAGAGAGAGAACGUCGCCCGUCUUGUUCGCGAUAACCUUUCAAGACGCGCUGCUCGUUUCAACAUCGUUCUUGAUGAUGUUUCCCUAACGGAAGCCCAGAGAGCUGCAUUCGUCGUCGACAAAGCACGUCAGGAAAAACAGGCAACCAUCGUGCGGGCGCAGGGUGAGGCGCGGUCCGCUCAGCUGAUUGGAGAUGCCAUUAAGAAGAGCAAGAGUUACAUCGAGCUGCGCAAACUUGAAAAUGCCCGGAACAUUGCAACGAUUUUACAAGAAUCUGGUGGAAAGAACAAGCUGUACCUAGAUUCAGAAGGCUUGGGACUCAACGUCAACGUCAAGCACGACUCCUUUUUAUCGUUAAAGAAUUGCAGAAUAAUAAGCGGAGCGAUGAGGCUGCAGCGAAACCCUUUUAUUGUGAUAAGUAGCAUUGGCUCCAGCGUAUCGAAAAGGCAUAAGAUUUCUGAAUUGACAUGUGGCGGUGGGAUAGAAUUGACCAUUCUGAUCACAGCACCUUUUCUCCCAUAA